AACAAAACUAAUCACAAGUUACGUGCUAAAGCGCCACAUAAAACUGUACAUUUGUCAACCGUCUCCGCGUAUUUGUGUCACGGAGUGACGCCACGCGUGCGAAAUAGGUAUAUAGUCCGAUCGCAUGAUCAUGGUUUAUCUUCGCGAGUAAUAAUAGUCAUGAACGUGCAAAAACGUCUUCAUGGACGAUAUAGGAAAAUGUCGCAGUCCAGCUAAAGCUAAUUACAUGUCGUGAAAAGCAAUGGCUUCAAAUGCGGGCACAGGGUGCUUGAUAUCUCUUCAAAAUGGUCUCCAUUUCGGUUGGACGUCUCCAUUCUUCGUAGAGCUGACAAAUGACAAAGAACACUACGACAUCACCGAAGAGCAGGCUUCAGUAUUCACCACGCUGCCCCCUAUAGUUACAAUUUUGUCAUGCCCUCUAGUCACCUGGAUGUGCAAUGCGGUAGGGCGGAAGACCACCCUUCUUGCAGGUGCUGUACCUUUCAUUUUAUCCUGGGUUUUGGAGGUGUUCGCUACAGAUGUGUAUACGUUUUAUAUAGCCAGAGCUCUAACUGGGUUAGGGACAAGCGCUUCAACUGCAUCUCUAUCCAUGUAUAUCGGAGAAAUAGCUACACCUGAGAUAAGAAGUUUCUGGGGAAACUUCCUGUCCAUCUUCUUAGGCCUUGGACAAUUCAUGAUCAACCUCAUAGGGUUCCACUUCAGCGUCAGUCAAGCUUCAUACAUCUGCCUAGUGCCAGCAUUUCUCUUUGUUUUCACCUUUCCCUUAAUGCCUGAAUCGCCGUACUACCUACUCAUGAAAGGAAAGGAAGAUGGGGCAAAAAGGAGUUUGAAAAAACUAACCCGCAAAAAGGACAUCGAAGUAGAUUUCGAGCAACUGAAGACGGACGUUAACAGACAGAUGUCAGAUAGAGGCAACUGGGGAGAUCUAGUUUUCAUUUUAGCUAACAGAAAAGCUUUAACUGCUGGGAUACUGAUGAGAUGCGCCCAAAUGUUUUGUGGUGCCAGCGCUUUCCCAGCUUAUACCAGGUAUAUUUUCGAAAAAGCUGUAGGUGACUCCGAAACAUCCACCCUAGUCUUCAGUGGAGUCAUGGUGAUAAUGACAUUACUAGCAGGUUUCACGAUUGACCGCCUUGGAAGAAAGAAAUCAUUUGUUAUAUCCAUGUGUUUGAGCAUCGUAUGCCUUCUAUUCCUUUCAAUAUUCUACUAUAUAGAGGAAUUUCAACCACAAGUGGAUAUAUCUAAUCUACUCUGGAUGCCAGUGGCUGGAAUGGUAGCUUAUAUGACAUUUUCAUCUUUCGGAGUAGUUAACGUACCGACGAUUAUGCUUGGAGAGCUUUUUUCUGCUUCCAUCAAAGCUAAAGGUCUCACAGUAUUGUUGUGCGUCAUGGGUCUGAUGAUAUCACUGACCAAUUACUUGUUCUUCUGGUUGAACGUCUCUUAUGGUAUGUUUUGCCCUUUUCUAGUUUUUGCUAUAGUUAGUACUGUUUUGACUGUGCUUUGUUUUUAUAUGAUACCAGAAACUAAAUGUAAAACUUUGGAAGAAAUACAGCAGAUACUAGGUGGAAAUGUACAAUGUAAAUAAAGAUUUGAACGAUUUUGAUGUUUCUUUAUUUAAUCUAAUAUAGAUAAUGAUACAAUAAAAUCUCUACCUCUGUAUCAUGGACGUUUAAUACUUCAUAUAUGGUCUUAGGAAGUGUAGUGGCGCUUAUUAAAAAACCAAGAAGUGGUUUAGAAUUGAUAGUUUAUUCAAUUAUUCAAUGAAU